GGUCCACAAUCCCCCCACCCAGGUGAAUCACAUAAAAACUUUAUACUCCGUAAUUAUUAUUUUCAAUUAAUUUCACCAUACGGAGUAUAUUUCUAUUUCAAUUUUGAUUUCACAAGCAAACGAAAAUCUUCAUCUACUUUCUCUCUCUUAAUCAUAAAAAAACGUUUUGAUUUUUAUGAACCAGAAACAGCAAUUGAUUGAUGGGUAUUUGUCUUUCAUUAUUAAUUGUUCUAAUCCACAAACUUCAUCAGAUAUUUCCAACUCCAGCUACCAUGGGUCCAAAUUCUUCACUAUAACUUCACACCAUAAACAAACGUAAUCCCUAAAAGGGUUUUAAUUAAUUUAAAAUUAAGAAUUAGGUUGUAAGAUAUUGGUUGGUUAAGUUGCCUGAUGGGAUUGGAUUGUUGCAUCAUUGUAAGAAAAGAAGGGAGAGGAUUAUGGAAUCACAAUUGGAACAACUAGUUAAACAAUCUGUUAAUGGUCGUUACUCGAAUUGGGUUUAUGAAGCUUUAGAUGAAUUGCCCGGUAAUUUUACUAUAACUGAUCCUUGUAUUUCGGGCCACCCAAUUGUGUUUGCAAGCCGGGGUUUCUUACAGAUGUUUGGGUAUUCUAGAGAUGAGGUAGUUGGGAGGAAUGGGAGGAUGUUUCAGGGGCAAGAGACUUGUAGGAGAACAGUAAUGGAGAUUCGAGAGGCGGUUCGAGAAGAACGAGCAAUUCAAGUUAGUUUGUUGAAUUAUCGUAAAGAUGGGACACCCUUUUGGAUGUUGUUUUGUAUGAGACCGGUUUUUAGUGGGGAGGAUGGAAGGGCAAUUCAUUUUGUUGCUGUUCAAGUUCCUAUUUUGAGGAAUCCAUUGCGUUCAAGGAAUGAUUUUUGCUUAUGUGAAGAUGGGGUUAAGUCGCGUGAAUUUUUGCUCAGAUCGUGUAGGAGAGAAGUGCGCGUGGAUUCUGUUUCCAAACUGUGUCAUAGCACGACAUUUGAUUCAAUUUUUGACUCAGAUAUAGGAGUAGAGGUUGAGGAAUUUUGUGAAGCAAGUGAGCUUGAUAAGCAAACCGCUUCCACUUCUAUUAACAAUAUUUUGUCUGUGCUAACUCAGUACAGUGCAUUACGGGGCAAAUCUGUUUCUGAGAGGAGAUGCUGUGUGGAGGGGAAAAGCCUUCCUAAUCCUGCCUUACUAACAUCUCUUGGUAGAAUCAAUCAAAGCUUUGUACUAAUUGAUCCAUUUUUACCCAGCAUGCCUAUUGUUUAUGCAAGUGAAGCGUUCUUGAAACUAACUGGCUAUGAUGGACAUGAAGUGUUGGGUCGCAAGCAUAGAUUCUUAAGUGGCUCCGAUACAGAUUCAUCCACCCUGUUGCAGAUAACUGAGUGUAUUCAAAAUGGUAAACCAUGCAAAGUACGAAUCCUAGAUUAUAGAAAAGACAUGACUUCAUUCUGGAAUCUGCUUCAUAUAUCACCAAUACGAAAUGCUUCUGGAAAGGUAGCAUAUUUUGUCGAAGUUCAAAAGGAAGAAGAUCGUAUAAAUGAAGAUGAACAAGCUACACUGAACCCGGAAUUGAGGCAGCUUGGUGUUAUAGCUGCAGUUAAAGUUGCUGUAAGGAGUGCAACAAUGGGUCCUUGCUCCUCCAGGCGAUGAUUCUGCAAUUUUCCUUGGGAAAGUUUUACCACUGAAUAUUGUAACAUAUCUUGGUUGAGUUUUAAUGAUCUCCAUCGACACACCAUCGUGUUGCAGGAGUGAAGCUUCCGGCAGAUGUCAGAAUUCAGAAGACAGAUUUUCAGUAUGUAGUUUCUGAUUUUAUCCUGCCCAAAAUGUGCAAUACUAUGUAAUAUAAGAAUUUCAUGUUAAAUUAUUCAAAUACGGAGUAGGUUUUUACCUUGUACUAUUGACUUCCGGUUGUCUAUAUACCGAACAUUUAUUCUAGGUAAAUAUUCCCUCCAUCUCGUUUUGUUCUUUAUGUAUGUGACCUAUCAAAGGCCAAGACUUCAUUAAUAUGUUUGGAGCUUAGUAGUGAUUGGUACUCCUAAAUCUCUGUAUUUAGACUUACAUUAUGUGAGGUUGUGAUAAAUACAAAAUUUUACAUAGUGUA